UGCCACUAAAAUCAAUCUUUUCAAGCAUCUCAUGGUAGAUUGGCACCAUAAAAAGCACAUACAGUUCUUUCAUUAGAAUUAUCAGAGGCAUGGCGAUCAUGCGGUGUAUCGAUGUCCAACCAAGCAACGAAAUGACGGUGGAUGAAUUCAAAGCAUGGCUACGGCGUUUCGAUGCGGAUCACGACGGGCGGAUCAACCAGGAAGAGCUGAAAGAGGCACUGCAUAGCCUGAGAGUUAAGUUUGGAUGGUGGAAAGCACGUCAAGGGAUGAAAGAAGCGGAUUGCAACCAUGAUGGCCAAAUUGAGAACGCCAAGGAGAUUGAGAAGCUGGUGAAUUAUGCUCAGAAACGCUUGCAUAUGAAAAUUUAUCAAAGCGAUUGGUGAUUUGAUUUUGCAAACCACUAAAUGCAAGUGUAACUAUUUAACAAAUAUGUGUCUAUGUAUUAUUAAUAAUGACUCUUAAGAUUGUGUACGCUUGCUUUGUGGAUUUUCCUACUUAUUUCAAUCCAGGUUCUGUAAUAAUUUGUUUAUCUUUUAUUUCUCCAAUAUCAUUUGAUACAAUCAUAUAA